AUGAUGUUGGUCUUCUGUAUCAUCGCGUCAUCACUUUACACCGUUGUGACGUCAGCGGGUAACGAGUACCUCCCACCGACCAAGGGAUACAACUACCCACGACCAGAAAUACCUUUCACCACCAACAGACCAACGCCACCACCAUACAGACCGACGCCUCCACCACAAAGACCUACUCCUCCGCCAGUGAGGCCAACGCCGCCUCCGCAACGACCUACUUACAUACCACCAGGACCAACUCCCGGACCUAUUCCAACUCCUCAUGAGCACCACCACGAAGGCCACGACCACCAUGAUCAUCAUCACCAUCAUGAGCCCGGUAUGCCAUUUGACUUCGCAUACGCUGUCAACGAGGAUGGUAACGACUACAGCCACAACGCGAUUUCCGACGGCGAUGUCACAAGGGGACAGUACCGUGUGGCGCUGCCCGAUGGUCGUACACAAAUCGUGAAAUACACGGCUGACUGGAAGAAUGGAUUCAAUGCUGAAGUGUCUUACGAGGGUGAAGCGAGCUACCCUGAUCAACCAAAUGGGAUCCGAACAGGCGGACAAGCAUACGCACCUGCGAGCCAAGGAGGCGGUUACCAGUAUUAA